GGACUGACUCGCGCGCCUCCGAGCCUCCUGACUCGCAUAAGCAGCGGUUGUAUGUCGUCGUGCUGCGCGUGCAACGGUCGUGUUGUUGCCGCCGUCGCCGCUACGCUUGUGCAGUGACAACUACGCGUACGUGUUGAUUGUCAACGGUGAAACGUAUUGGCAACAGAUUCCCAAGGACCGCCUCUCUUCGCCUCUUCUUCUCUUUUCUCUUCGCCGCCUCCAGCGGAAGAGGAAGAAGGUUCACAGGUUGGUCCUGGAUAACCGAGGACACCUAAGGGGGAGUCGCUUGGUUCUUCACCCCUCGGUAGCAUCCCGACAAGUCGCUUUGGAUGGCUGCCAGCAACCCACAGGGCGACUCGCGACGAUGUUGGCGCAACUCCAAGUGCGCCCAGUGGUUUCCAGCUACCUGCGCUGCCCUGAAGGUCUUGCCGUUCCCGUUCACGCUUCCAUCGCGCCCAACCAGUGGGAAAGUGCGUCGGGGGUGCGAAAAUAUUAGGGGAUGAACGACCCUGCUCGCAAUCUCGUCGAAGCGCGGUGUCUGUCGCGUUGCGUGGCCGUGUGUGUCUCGAGGGAACCUCCGGGGAAUAGUGUUGUUCACGUUUACAGAAGUGCGCGGUGUUUAACCGGUUCACGCUGUCGAAUACUCGGCCAGUCGUACGAGUUGCUCCGAAAGGGAACGCGCGCGAAUCGUAUCCCGCGAUCCCAGGAAACGGAGUAACAUUGUCGCGUAGCGCGUUCGGUGUAGUACACGCGACAUUUGACCGGUGAUAUCGGCGCGAGAAGUAACGGUGAGUGAGAGAAGUGUAACCACGUCGAAAUUUCACGACAAGGAGGAAGUCGCUAGAUGCAAGGGUUUUAAAAGUAGUUCCAGAAGGCCAGCCCGACGCAAUGCGUCGACGCUGCUGACGCAACGCGCCUGGAUGCGUCUCACUUUAAGCACGUUACCACAGCUUGCCGUUUUAGCGAAGAUUUUGUGCCUCCUGAUGGUGGUGAUGUGCGGGGCGGUGCCGGCAAUGGUGCGCUCCGUGAGUCUCUACUCAACUUGUAGCAGCGGCAAUGUUACCGUAAUUGGCCGCUCAAUCAAGGCCAUGGGACGCGACGAUCACAAUGCACCCUACCAAAAACUUACGACGCAGUCGGAAGAUUUCAGUGGGAAGAUAUACAUCUUCGCUGAGAAGAGUCAACGAUACAUUUGCUUUAACAAGCAGUGGAAACUUGUCGGCCUGACUAAGAAGCAAAAGGGUCUCAUGUGCCAGUUCUACGAGCUCUACAACGGAUCCUAUCUGAGGUACAGAAGCGCGGCGGACAGCUCGCGGUAUUUAGGCUUCAACAAGUUUGGCAAGCCGAUGAAGAAUCUCCGCGGUCGGCAGGAGUGCUUUAACUUCAUCAAGUAUAACCCCCAUGCCGACAUAAACCACCAUAACAGCCUGGUGAACGCGGACAUGGGCGGUGUGGAUCCACGGGAUCCGUACUUUGGAUCGAAGAAGUCCUCGCCGGUGAUGAGGGCCACGAAGAACUCCCUGUUGCAGGUCGACAGUACGAGGGAGAUCAUCCAUACGACGCAUCGUUAUCGGCAUUCGAAUCGUUGGAAGAUGCGCCAGGAAGGGAAGGUCUCCGCGCCACGAAGACGACACGAUAGCCGUCUGUUCGUCGAGACCAGCAAGUAUUGAGCCGCGUAUUGGCUCGCCGAUCAAGACUGCCUCCUCCAUACCUGUGAGAACCUGAGAUCAGACUGCCAAAUACGCUGGUAGAACGUACGGUCUCGAUAUCAGGAACCCACAAAAUGCGGCAUCACCUGAAACGCGGCUCGAAGCACGCGCCUCGAUUGAUCGCAACGAAUAAAGCUGGCUCGCCUUUACGUCUCCUGCUAGCUCGGGUACAUUCCUCCAACCGACGGCGAUUCGCUAGAAGGUAAACAACGAACACGUUCCGCGGGAAUGGGUGUACGAACUCGCAGGACGAUAGUCUCACCGGAUACAUAGCUUUCGUUACGCGUCAUUAGAUUCUAUUUCACACUUGCCCCGACUGAAUCCUUUCAGGCAAGUACGAUGAUCAUUAUUUCCCUUUCGUUCCAUCGCUAAAAUUUUUCUACGCAUUCGGUUGACAGCGAUUCGUCAUCGAUCAUUUCUCUUUCAUUUUCACACGAUGAUAAAAUGAACGAAAAAGAACAAAAACAAAAAAAAAAAGAUGAACAGACAACAAAAAUAUACUAAACCGGGGGAAAAGCAGACAGAGCCGCGAGAGAAUGUAAAUUUGUUAGAGACACUAGCGCCAGUUCGUUUAGCGGUGGAAGAAGUAUACGUUGCGCACGCGAUCGGCCUAAAUCGUUGCACAAUCGGACAGCUGUCGUGCUUCUAACGCUGUCACAAAACCGCAAUAGAUGCGCGGAGAGGUGCCGCGAACAGCGCACGCCGACGGAAUCGUUACCUUCGGAUCGAAUUUCGACGCGAAACGGAUAAAUUUAAUCGAAUAAAAAAUUUAUUAAUCGACGCGAUUCGUCGCGGUGAGAGAGACGCAAUGGUCGCAGGAUCCGGUCGUGUCGAUCCAAAGUUAACCCCUUGGCCUACGAGUGGUACUCGUGGUACCACUGGUACCACUGGUAGACUCGGGUCAAACACGAAAAGCACGGUUCAGGCACGUCGUAGGAAAGUGCGGUAAGCGACUCUAUUUCGAAACGGUAGGACAAGGGGUUAAAGCGACGCAACGUGUCCGGUCGUAUUGGUCCGAAGUUAAAGCGAGAAAUUCGUCCGACGCGCAGACUUUUCUAGCGUUGGCGCAUGCGCUGAGCGUCGACUCUUCCGCACGCUCGCGCAGUAGAGCUCGUGCCGCGCAAACUCUCUCGCUCGCUGUGCUAAUUAUGCCGCCUAAUGUAGCGUGUGUGCGUGCAUGCGUGGCUGCCUGCCUGCCUGCCUGCUGCUUGCCUGCCUGCGUGUAUGAAUAUAAUGUGUGCGUGCGUGCGUGCGUGCUUGCGUACGUGCUCGCGACGUACACGCAGUUCUCACUGUCGCGUCGAUAUUGAAGUUCGGGGCGCGGUUGUAUUCAGAAUUGCUAUUUUAUCAACGACUGCUCCACACACCGAAAUAACUUUUUACCCUUCUAUUUAUAUAUAUAGAGAGAAAGAGAGAGAGAGAGAGAGAAAGAGAGAAAAAAAAGUAAGUACGACAUGCGCAUUAUGAACGUCGUGUGAAAGAACGCAUUGUCGGUUACUUCCAACGCGCACACACACACACACAUACACAUACACAGACAUAGACACAGACACAGACACAGACACAGACACAGACACGUAUAACACACUAAACGGAUACAUACACGAACAAACGCACACGUACACAAACAUAAUUGCGUACACUGAGACACGGAUACAGACGGAGGAACCUUUUUCACGGAGAAUCGGUACACACAUUCACAGGAAGCAAGAAUAAUAUAUUUUUAGUAAACCUAUUCGAAACAAUCUUUAGAAACGGAUGAACAAAUAAUCUCUGGGAUCUCUGAGCAUUUUAUACGUGAUAUUCUUGAAAUACCGGUUACUUUCUACCGCGAUUUUGCCGCGUCGAGCGUUAUCAUUACACAGAAGUCUAUUUUCUGAUAGGAAUGAAAGUGAGAUAGUACCUACUGAGAGUAUUGGCAUAAACUGCGUGUUCGUGUACGAGCUUAAGUAUUUGUGUGCAUUUUCGCGUGCGUAUGUAUUUACCUCUGGACGCGUGUGAGUGUGUGUAAUAUAUUACAAUGAUCGUUAAUGAACUUAAUCCUUAGGACGCUAUCGCAGACUGUAUUACUAGGUUAGGAACACGAGUAUAGGACGCGGUGGCGACUCGGCGAAUGGAACACAAGGGGUUCGGGUUUCUCAGGCGUGUAGCUUUAUUUCUCAUUUAUUUCCAAUUUCGGUGAUGUCGUGUGCACGCCAUGGUUAGGAUUCGGAACCAACCCCUGAGCCAUUUCGUUUACGCAGACUCGCCACGCAAGGAGCGCCUACCCCUAUCCUCCCAAAAAGAAAUCGCUCCCUAGGUAGCUUAUUUAUUGAAAUCAUAUUUAGAUACUACGGAAACCAAACCGCCCGAGAAAAAGACCUUUUCCUCGUACGUGUAUGGAAAUGUGCGCUGCUCUCUUUUAUUUUACUCAUUCCCCACUUACGGUGAAUCGAACAAGUAUUUGCACUCCCAAUUUUUUUCCCUUUUUUUUCCUUUUUUUUUUUUUAAUAACUGCCUGCAUAUAGAAGUAGUACAUUUGUAUAAAGUACGUAACUCGGUGCUUCGUUAUACACAGAAAUCAUUUUUUCACGCGGAAAUUUUGAUAAUUUACCGUUUGAAAAUUAUAAAAAGAGAACGAAAAUUGUUUAAAAAUUGCUGAAAAAUCUCUUCUUCUUUCUUCCUUUCUAAGAGCGAUUUAUACGUUUUCUUCUAAUCUUCAAGUCUAAAAUAUACCACAAAUUCUCUACAAAAUUUCAAUUAAUGUAUCGAAGCGAAGUAUCGAGAUAAACUGUUUAGACGAGUUACACAAGAGCUAUGCUUUUGUUCCUUAGCAAUAAAAAAAUAUACAAUAUAUCAAUGCGCUACUUCUUUACAGGUAUCUCCAACAAAUUGACGUGUACAAAUACUUUUUUGACCCACUGUGUCUCAUUUUAGACCCUUCGCUCAUUCCCUCCUUCAUUACGUGAACUCUAUCACGAUUCUAUCGAUCUAUUCAUAAUUCUUCCUUUCUUCCCUUCCAUAUUCAUCUAGUGUCGAAAAUUUUAUUUCUAAACGAAAUAUAUUUUACAAUGUAUUCAAAUAAAUCUGAAAAUUAGGAGACAAAUUUCGCAUACAUUACUCCCCCAUCUGUUUCUCACGUCUUCAGUCUUAAAUCCGAGAAUACUCAAUACCUGAUUAGUUAAUUUCGUUUUCGUACGAGUGGCAGUGCGUAGAGGCCCUACUCCCACCUUGUACGAUGUUUACGUGUGCCGCUGAGAAGAAUUAGACAGCAAGUUACUAUAGAGAAGCCACGUUCCGUUCGACGAAUCAGAGAUGCUGUUACGGAAGAUUGUGUAAGCUGAUUUUAGCGGUUUAAUUAUUAUUUAUUUGACCCUUUGCGACCGAGACUUUUCUAUUUCGGUACAUUUUUGUCGAGCCUCGCUCGACAGAGAACCGCGAAGGGUUAAACGUCCACCGUUUGGAAAAAAUUCAACACGUUGUUGUGACUUUUAUCUCCAAUCUCGUGGCAUUAUCACUUAGCGAGAUAAGAGUCUUGAAGUACACCUAACCUUCGAUUUACACGGUUUCUAAAGUAACCAAUUUCUCAAAAUAGAAACUGUUAAAAAUAAAAAUUUAUACCGCCCACGUAUCUAGUGCUAUUUGUUUGUUAACGCUCACGUUAAACCUAAAAGAUGUACAAACGGUUUUUCGUACUCGGAAAACAUUCGUAUUGUUUAGGGCGGUGCGUCUUUAGCAAACGAAAUUUUUAAAAUUUAUAUUUAAUGGUCAAUGACGAACGAGUAUAAUUUCUUCGGCAUUUUUGUAAUUCGAUUCAAUCUUAACGUUAAUAAAAAAGAAUAGAAGCGAGAAGAAAAGUCAUAUCUAUAGAAACGAAAAUUGAAAUUAUAAAAUAUAGCUUUAUGUAUCUGUUGUUUCACGGAUGGACUGACACCCUUUUGUUAUUUAUUUGUAUUUUACUUUACAUUUAAAUAAACGAAUUAAUUAAAAUAACUUCCUGAAUUAUACGCAGUAUCUUCAUCUUCUGUUUUCAUGGUUUUGUGUACAAAAAUCCAUGAUUUAGAGUUAUAGAAAAUUCCAAGGAACCAAUUUUCCAUGUAAAUCAAGAGCUAGGUGUAUCAAUUUCUUGUUUCUUUCAUAGUUUCGUCCAUCGGUACGUGGUAUACGCAGGUCUAGCUACAAUAAUUAACCCUCUGCGCUCGACGAUAGUUUCGUUAAGGUGAACCGGCGAAGAUUUUUCGAAUAUUUGACUUCUUUGCACUUCUUACGUAUAAUGAUCCGUAAAGAUAACGUAAAGAAACAUUUUAUUUGAAUACUCCACGGUAUCUCUACAUCUCAAAAAAGAAAAACUCGUUAACGUUACCUUCUGUAUUCUUCUUCGUGUCCACGAAUCAUCGAAUCAUUCGUAUAAGACUCUACUAAGGAAACAUUAAAAACUUUACGAACGACUCUCUAACGCAAUUGUCGAAUAUGAUCUAACCCUGGAAAGGUUGUAAAAAUUUAAAUAAAAGAUCUCGUUACAAUUUCAAGCUGUAACGUUUAACACUUUUUAAAAGAACACGCGAAGAGCUUAGAAACCUCUUCGUGGACUAUCGAGAACCCAUUAGGAAGCUAUCGAAGCAACGCGACGGUCGCAGCGUCCAGUCGUGUCGUUUCGAAGUUAAAGCGACGCCUAAUAGGAAUCUAUUCAUUCCCAUCGACCCUUCGAGAUUCACGGAAAUCCGCCGUAAAGAAAGAUUGUCGCCCCUCGCUCGCCACUCGACUAAAACCCAGUGGGGAUCGAGUGUCGCCUGCUCGAGCGCAAAGGGUUAAGGAACAGAACGAAAAUCUCAGCAGCCGAGCAUCGAGGAAGGGAAUACCUAAACCCCGACGCUUGUAACCGAGUAACAGGAAACUACUAUAACGCGUAAAAUGUAUUGUAACGUAAUAUGAUGUUGUAACAGCCAUCUCUAAAAGUUAACCUACUCGUUUUUUGUAUGUGUAUGUCGUGCAACGACGCGUCUCGAGAAUCACGGCGAACGUUUGUUAUAAUUCAAAUUGAAAAUGACGCGGACCGUUUAGCCCCUACGCGGUCCGGACAUUCUGGUCGCGGUGUGGUUUCGUCGAGCCCGGCCCGACACGCGGGACCGCGAGGGGCUAGAAGUUCGCCACGUCGACGAACGAUAAGGCAUCGUGUCGAUUAUCGCGACAGAUCGCCAGCGAUUCCCGACGGAACUGAUUUCUCGCCAUAUUUCUCAUCACGUCUGCUCGACGUCAAGUCACCGAGUUUAGUUUUUUAUAAAUUAUGGGACUUCGCGUUUUUUCUACGGAUCAUUCAUACUUCAAUGUACCUAAAUCUAGUUGUGUUUUAGCGAACGACAUUUUUUAAAAAGCGGCGUGAAAAAGAAAGCACAAAGUGUUCGGACGUAUUCGCCCCCCCCCCCCCCCCUCCGCCAAAAAAUCCCCUUAAUCGUGACCUGACAUUGAGCACCGCGAACGGCCAUCUUUUGGUUUUUUUUUCCUUCUACUUUUUAUUUGUACUUUUUUCAUUGUCGACAAACCGAGAACGGCGAAAGAAACGAAUGAAACACGAGAGACGAAUCUGACUACCCUAUAAAUAGAUAGUAUACGUAAUGAGUAAAGAAAAAAAAGGUAAAGUAUAAAUAUUAUAUAUAUAAAUAUUAUAUAUAUAUAAAUAUUAUAUAUAUAUAUAUAAAUAUAUGGAAGACGAUGUGUAUUGUAAGAUAUUUAAUACCGACUUGUCUUAGGCGUACCACGAUGAAAACGAUGAUAAUAAUAAUUAAUUAUUACGAUGAUUGUUGUAUAAUGAAACGACGACGACGAUUAUGGCGAUACGAGGAUGAUGAUAUUCUACAUUGUAAUUCGCGUUGUAACAUAGAGGCCCACCCGUUUACCCAUUAAAUCGAUGUGUCGAUGUAACCCGGAUGUGCUGCGCUCGUACAAAUGUCAAUUUUGUAAAAUUCAAUUUGCCUUCUAAUAUCCAAUAACUAAAUACCCACGAUUCCCGACAACUAACAUCGGACACUUUUCUAUCGGUAAUAGCGAACAAUUCGCCGAUACAUUGACGUUUAACGAUCUUCGUAAAUCGAACCGAGCGAAAAUUGCCGUUUUACCGAUUACGACGCUGCGUUUCAAUUAUCAGAUAUUGCCGGUGAUUUUGUUGUAAAAUAGCGAAUUGCAGCGAGUCCAGCACACCCGGCAGCAAUUAGCAAUAAUAUAACAUUCCACCUUAAAUCGCAUACGUACUGCGAAUUCUAAUAAUGUGUGCCGCCGUACGAGAGAGGAAAAACACUGUCAAAUACACGCUCAUACACUGCUA